AUGCCAACCAUCCUCGCCAUAUUCCAAACCAUCUCCCUGAUCUUCGCGGUCGCCUCCAUUGCAACCGGCCUGCAAGCGCUAUUUGAUUCUCAUGGAUUUGCGAAGGCAUUCGGCAUACCCAUACCUAGUUCGCCCAGUGCAACAUCCGGGGCUUCUGCCAAGUCCAUCGACGAUCCUCCAAGCAAGCGCAUGAAAGACGAUGAUGCGGACGUCUCGACGAGAGCAGCCGUCGCCGCCGCGUCCUACGUCUCUCUGUUGGGCACGCGCCAGCUCGCGCAAGGACUCAUCCUCGUCGUCUUUGCGGCACAGGGGAAGUGGGUGGAGACGGCGCAGAUAUUGUGCGUAUUGGGAGUCGUGGUGGCGUGUACGGAUGGCGUGGUACUGUCGAGGAGGGUAGGGUCUACGGGCAAGGGCAGCCUGGGCAAGGGGUUGUUUCAUGCUGGACCUGGGCUGGGGAUUGCUGGUGUUGCGGCGUUGUCUUUGAUCUGGGGUUGA